AUGGAGAAUUUUGAGAGAAGGGCAAGGAGCCGGGAAGCUGAGAAGCUCACAGCACGUUACCGUAAAUUCAAGCUGCCAGCACUCUUGGACGCUGCUGUCAACGUGACUGGCCAUAAUGAUGCCCAAUGUAUCAAGGUUCUCAAAUGUGUGGAAGGGCAAUACAAUAAAGCGCUUAUCCUGACUAUGAGUACUGGACAAGAGAUAGUUGCUAGACUGCCGAACCCAAACGCGGGACCAGCUUUUUACACAACUGCCUCAGAGGUUGCCACACGUCAAUUUCUCCGUGACCGCUUGGGGAUACCUAUUCCUCGUAUUCAUGCUUGGUCAGCGGAUGAGUCAAAUGCAGUAGGAGCUGAGUAUAUCCUUGAAGAAAAGGCGAUAGGGCAGGCGUUAGGGUCACUGUGGCAUAAAUUGCCCUUAUCGUCUCAGUUGGACAUAGUCAAACAAAUUGUCGACAUAGAGAAAAAGCUCGCAUCGAUCACCUUCCCGUGGCACGGCUGCAUAUACUAUCAGUCCGACCUUGAAUCACGACAACCUAUGCCUUCUUUUGCUUUGGUGCCAGACCAGAGUCAUGGUUUACCCAAAUUUGCAAUUGGCCCUCUUACUCACCCAAAGUACUGGCAGGGUAAAAGAGCAGUGAUGGAACUCAAUAGGGGUCCAUGGGAGAGCAUUGUGGACUAUGCUUUAGCUGUUGGGAAGAAUGAGAUCCAAUGGGCUGAGGAACACGCGCGGCCAAGAAUGAAUUUCCAAUGGUCAACUGAAGAGCCAGAAACCCCAAGUGAUUAUAUAUCAGUGCUUCAGCGAUAUAAUAAGCUGGUUCCAUAUCUUGCCCCGCCUCCACUGUGCAAUGAGCAAAUCAUCACCAUCUCACACCCUGAUUUGCAUCUUGACAACAUUUUUGUGGAUCCACAAACAAACCAUAUCACAUCUAUAAUUGACUGGCAGCAUGUUUCCGCAUCUCCUAUCUUUUUACAAAGACCAUUUCCGCAGAUGCUUGAACUUUCUCAGAACCCACAAGCUGAGCACCAAAUAAUCGAGAAGCGACUUCUGGAAUUUUAUUUUGAGAGACUGGGGAGUAUGGAUCCCUUCCGAUGGAAGAUGCUUAGUGAUCCACUUCACGCUGUCAAAAGUGAACCCAUUUCCCUAGUUCCUUGUUGCUGGGACCGGGAGGACCUCUUCUCCCUACGCAAUGCAAUUAUCUCAGCUGUCGCUCAUUGGGAUGAUAUAAGUGGUGGUGGAAUCGAACGUCCAAUUGAAUUCACGGAUAAGGAAUUAGAACUGCACAAAAAUGAGAUGGAGUUAAUUGAAGGGGUUUCAAUGAUUCUUCACCAGCUUCAAGAGGAUGGGCUUAUCUCUCUGGGUGGAAUGGUUUCUCCAGAACGAUAUGAAGACGCCAGGAAAUGGAACAAUUAUUUCAAGCAGGAGUUUAUCAACUUGGCUGAAGACGAGGAACAAAGAGAGCUACACGCGAAAGUCUGGCCAUACCAUUGA